AUGGUUUCUUUAAAUGAGCGUCUGUUUCUAAAACGACCACUUGCACUCUUCACAGUGUUCCGCUUUGGUUCAAGAGAUCAGGGUCGUGGACACUCCUCCGUUAAGGCAACCCUGGCCGGGCGGGAUCAGCCUGGCUCCUACCUGAGCCCAGCGCGGUGCGGCCCCCCGAGUCCCGACCCGCAAAGCCUCGGUGCCGCGGGAGUCAGCUCCGGGGAGACGCGCCGCCCGCAGCGACAGCCUCGCAGCCGCCGAGGCCCGCAGCAGGCCCACAGCCCGGCCCCGGCUCCCCGGCCACUUCCGCCCCGCAACCCCGCACCUGUGCCGGGCUCGCCCGGGCCCGCAGCGGACCGGAAGUGGCCGACGGACGCUGUCAGACAGGUGCGUCAAGGAAAGGCCCCUUCCGUUUCCCCUCUAGGACUCUCGGAGGCCGGUGCGUCUCGAUGGUCGCUCGUCCCCGGGGACCGUUCGGGAGCGCGCGCUGGACCACCAGGGGCUCCUCCCCCGCCUACCUACUCCCCUCGAGGCUCGCGGUCACCAAGCCCCUUUGCGCCUCCGUGCCUUUGCACCUGCGUUCCCCCGGUGGGAAGGACCCUCCGGACGCACCGCCGGGUACCGCGCCUCCCUCAAAGGCUUUAG